CACACAUCAUCAAUCGGUCUGUUUCCUAUAAAUAGAUUCCUCUUACAGCAACUACGACAUCAUCAGUUAUCCCUUCAAACUCUAUCUUCAUUUUCGGCAUUUCUUCAAGAAAGAAAUCAUUUGAAGAAACUUGUACGCAGUUAAUUCAUUUGAUUUCAGCCAUGGAAGUUGAUUUUUCUCUAGCCAUUUCAAUCGGGCUUGUUUUUAUCUCCUUUGUUCUUUCAAUCUUUCUUUUCCGGCGGAACAAGUCUGAUGAAGGCGUCAAACAGCUUCCACCGGGAAGCUUCGGCUGGCCGAUCAUCGGCGAAACAAUGGAAUUCUUAUUCGGUAAGCCGGAAGUCUUCGUCGGAGAAAGGAUGAAGAAAUACUCCCCGGACAUCUUCAAGACAAAGAUCCUCGGAGAAAAAACCGCCGUCAUCUGCGGCCCAAACGGACACAAAUUCCUCUUCUCCAACGAGCAAAAACUGUUCACCGCAUUCCGGCCACAUCCCAUGCAACACCUCUUCCGAUCAUACCAAUCCAAAUCCUCCUCCGCCCCCCCGCCUCCUCCUCCGCCGGAAUCAUCCGACCCGAGACCCAAAAGCGACGAAACUAAAGCCAUUCGCCAACCGGGUUUCUUAAAACCCGAAGCAUUAUCCAGAUUCCUGGGCAGAAUGGAUUCAACAUCAAACGAACUCCUGAAAGCCCACUGGGCCGGAAAGGAGGAAGUGAAAGCAUACCCAUUAGCCAAAAUCAUCACCCUAACACUGUCUUGCAGAUUCUUCUUGGGCGUCGAAAACCCAGAGAGGAUCGCCCAACUUGUGGACCAUUUCGAUGAUAUUACUUUGGGGAUGCAUUCGAUUAUGUUGAAUAUUCCGGGGACCAUUUUCUACAGAGCGAAUAAAGCGGCGGCGGCGAUUAGGAAAGUUUUGCUUGAAGUGAUUAAAGAGAAGAAAAUCGCCAUAUCUAAAGGUGCUCCCAUGCAUGACAUAUUGUCGCACAUGAUCGUGGUUACUGAUCCCACCGGAAAAUCCAUGCCGGAAGCUGAGAUCGCCGAUAAAAUCAUGGGAGUGAUUGUUGCUGGUUAUAGUACGGUGGCUACUACUAUAACUUUCCUCAUGAAAUAUGUUGGAGAAAAUCCAGAUAUUUAUGAAAAGAUCCGAGCAGAGCAAAUGGAAUUGGCCGCCUCUAAAAAGCCAGGAGAGUUGUUGGAAUGGGAAGACAUGCAGAAAAUGAAGUACUCUUGGAAUGUUAUUUGCGAGACAAUGAGACUUAAUCCACCUCUUCAAGGAACAUUCAGAGAAGUCUUGACUGAAUUCACUUAUGCUGGUUACACCGUUCCCAAAGGUUGGAAGGUAAGACAUAUAUAAUUUUACGCUAACGAGUAAAUUGUCACAUCUAUAACGUAACAAUAAAAAUAUAUUUAUAUUAAUUUCAAUUCAAUAUUACAGGUAUACUGGACAGUAAGCACGACUAAUACAAACCCAACAUAUUUCAAGAAUCCUGAGAAAUUCGAUCCAUCAAGAUACGACGAAGGCGAAGCCCCGGCACCGUACACAUACGUGCCAUUUGGAGGAGGACCAAGAAUGUGCCCAGGAAAAGAAUACGCGCGGCUAGCAAUACUUGCUUUUGUCCACAAUGUGGUAAAAAAUUAUAAGUGGGAGGUUUUGGAUCCAAACGAAAAGGUUACUGGUGAUAUGAUGCCAACCCCAGAAAAAGGACUCCCUCUUCGGCUGCAUGUUUUGUAAAUUACAAAUACUGAGGAAUAAAAGGUUCUUUCAGUGAAAUGGAUUUCUGCCCGAAGUCGUCGAACGCCGACGAAGUGACCGGAAUGAGAGGCUGGUGGAUAGGUUGACGUUAAGAUUGUAUUAUAUUAUUUUACCAUUUCGUAAUUUGUUUUAUGGCCAAUUCAUUUCAUCGAAUUUCAGUUUCUGUUUAGAAUUCAUUGCAUUAUCGCAGGUGUUGACAAUAAAAAAGUGGGACUAAACGACCCACGGUUUUUGUACCAAUAUAUUCUCGAUUCUCAAAAGCAAUAUUGCAUUUCCAUAGGCAUGUCUGUCUUAAUCAAAUCCAAUUAAU